AUGCGGUUGCGGAUAGUUCCGAUUGCCAGCCAAUUGUGGUGCAGAGGGAGAUCAAAAGAAAAGGAGGGGAAAGCAGGAGAGCAAAAGAAAAGGAGGGGAAAGCAGGAGAGCAAAAGAAAAGGAGGGGAAAGCAGAAGGAGAGCAAAAGAAAAGGAGGGGAAAGCAGAAGGAGAGCAAAAGAAAAGGAGGGGAAAGCAGAAGGAGAGCAAAAGAAAAGGAGGGGAAAGCAGAAGGAGAGCAAAAGAAAAGGGGAAAGCAGAAGGAGAGCAAAAGAAAAGGAGGGGAAAGCAGAAGGAGAGCAAAAGAAAAGGAGGGGAAAGCAGAAGGAGAGCAAAAGAAAAGGAGGGGAAAGCAGAAGGAGAGCAAGAGCAAAAGAAAAGGAGGGGAAAGCAGGAGAGCAAAAGAAAAGGAGGGGAAAGCAGAAGGAGAGCAAAAGAAAAGGAGGGGAAAGCAGAAGGAGAGCAAAAGAAAAGGAGGGGAAAGCAGAAGGAGAGCAAAAGAAAAGGAGGGGAAAGCAGGAGUCAAGGAGGAGAAGACCGUGUCAGAAGGCAAAGAAAAGGACAUUGGAACAGAAAGGACAACAUGGAUGACAAGUGA